AUGAGUACCCUCAAUAUUGGCGGAAAUGAAAAGGACCGUUUCUAUCGGUAUAAAAUGCCAAAACUUAUUGCAAAGAUUGAAGGUAGGGGAAACGGGAUAAAGACUGUUGUUCCUAAUAUGUCCGAUAUCGCCCGUUCCCUGGGACGUCCACCAGCUUACGCCACGAAAUUCUUUGGAUGUGAGCUUGGUGCCCAAGUAAAAUGUGAUGAAAAGAAUGAUCGUUAUAUUGUUAAUGGCGCUCACGAAGCCGCUAAACUUCAAGAAUUACUUGAUGCAUUCAUAAAGAAAUAUGUACUUUGUGGUGAAUGUAAUAAUCCUGAGACUGAUUUGAUCAUCAUACCGAAAAACGAAAAAAUUAUCCGUGAUUGCAAGGCCUGCGGCCAACGAACCGAAGUCGAUAUGCGCCAUAAACUUGUUACUUUUAUUCUGAAGAAUCCACCAAACCCUCCCAAGGGUAAAUCCAAAAAAGAAAAGUCCGACAAAACCAAGAAAUCUAAAUCAGAAAACGGUCCAGUAUCGCCGACAACCAACUCCUCGGAGGGCUCGGACGACGAACUUACACGACGCAUCCGAGAAGAAGCCGCAAUGUUGCCCACGGCUGAAGAAACUGGUGUCGAUGAGGAUGAUUGGGCUGUUGAUACUUCUGCGGAGGCAUCAUUUGGAGAAUGGCUGGAGGAGAAUAAAACUUUGGGCAAUAAAGAGAUUUACGGCAUGAUCAAGCAGUUUGGUAUUGCCAAAGACAAAGAACAAGUAUUGCAGAAACUCGUUUUGGGAUUGUUUGACGACAGUUUCAAGAAAGAUACAUCAAUUACGAAGCAAAUCAAGAAAAGGGCAAAGAUAUUCCUGAAGUUUGUUCAAACUACAGACGAUCAGCAUAUUCUCCUUGGAGCCAUUUCUAUGCUCGUCGGGGUUGAACGUAGAGAACUUUUUGAAAGCAGGAUUAUCUGCAAAAUUCUCAUGGAACUCUAUCAGAACGAUAUCUUAUGUGAAGAGGUUAUUCAAGCUUGGAUUGAGGGUAAAGACUCCGCUAGUUAUAAGGCUUUGUUUAAAAAGACAGCUGACAAUAUGUAUGUAAGUGAGACAAUUAGCAAAGAG